AUGUUGAGACAAAGUGUGAGAUUCUUUGGUAGCACCCGUGCAGUACUUCAGUCUUCCUGUAAAGAAGGCACCCCAAUCAACUUGAAUAUCUACAAGGCGGGCAAGCCAAUUGUUGCAAAGAAGGACGAGGAAUACCCCGACUGGCUGUGGGGUUUACUGGACAAUGACCUGCAAAUGGAAAACUUGAAGAAGGAAGACUGGUUCAGAUAUAAUAGGAAACUCAUCAAGAAACAAAAUGUCCAACGUAUAAAGAUGAACAACUUCAUGAACAACAUGAAAUAA